AUGAACGAAAUCACCACAGAGAAAAAGGUAGAAAUUGCUUCUGACUUUUUAUUGUCCAGUCCUCCAGGAGAAGUCAAUGAUGUUUUUAACGAUGUACGUACUUUGGUGAACGAUGAUGAAGCUCUUCAAGAUGGUAUUCUAAAUGCUUUGGAACAAUAUAACACGGAACAACACAUCACAGUAACUCCUCCUGGUUUGGAUUAUCCCGUCAUCAUAUCGAAAUACAACAAAGUAGGUGACCGAUACCUUGAUCCUCGAUCCAAAAAGUCAUUUACCUUUGAUCAUAUGCGUUUGACUGCUGAUAAUGUGGAACCUUAUCAAACAGAAGAAAAUACCUUGGACUCAUUGCGAACGGUGAUGGAUGAAGUAUCUAGCAAAUAUGUCAAUGAUCAUUAUCCAGAAGGUGUAUCAUCCGUCUUUAUCAAUGAAAAAGAUAUCAUCCUUGCAAUUGUCGAUAACAAGUAUAACCCCAAUAAUUACUGGAAUGGCCGAUGGUUAGCUGUCUGGACCUAUGAUACCGAAACCAAUGAACUCAAAGGCAAAACAAAGGUCAAUGUACACUAUUAUGAAGAUGGAAAUGUCCAACUUAAUGCUGAUAAACAAUUCGAAACAUCUGUUACCAAAAACGAGGUAAGGAUUCAACAAACCAUUCCGUCAUUUUUAUUCAUAGAAUUAUUAUUGUUGUUAGGAUGUCUCUACAUUGGCAGCUUCCAUCGUCAAACAUAUUGCUACUUUUGA